GUUUGUGUCUCUGUGUUCAUUCAGUAAAAUGGCAGGAGCAAGAAUUUCUCAAGGUGGGUUCUUGUGUGCAGUGUGUCUGGAUCUCCUGAAGGAUCCAGUGACCAUUCCCUGUGGACACAAGUACUGUAAGAGCUGUAUUACAGACUGCUGGGAUCAGAUGAGAGUCUACAGCUGCCCUCAGUGCAGACAGACCUUCAGACCAAGACCUGCUUCAGCUAGAAACACCAUGCUGGCUAAAGUGGUGAAGAAACUGAGCAAGAAGACCAAACGUCCUGCUGACUGUUACGCUGGAGCUGGAGAUGUGCAGUGUGACGUCUGUACUGGAAGAAAAUACAAAGCCGUCAAGUCCUGUCUGGUGUGUCUGAACUCUUACUGUCAGAAUCACCUUGAACAACAUGAGAGUUUGUUUAAAGGAAAGAGACACAAUUUGACUGAUGCCACUGGACGACUGCAGGAGAUGAUCUGCCAGAAACAUCAGAAGAUCCUUGAGGUUUUCUGUCGCACUGAUCAGAAAUGUAUAUGUGUGCUGUGUGUGAUGGAUGAACAUAAAAACCAUGACACUGUAUCAGCUGCAGCACAGAGGACAGAGAAACAGGAGAUGCAGAAGAUGUUCCAGCAGAGAAUCCAGCAGAGAGAGAAAGAUCUUCAGCAGCUGAGAGAGGCUGUGGAGUCUCAUAAGCGCUCUGCACAGACAGCAGUGGAGGACAGUGAGAGGAUCUUUACUGAGCUCAUCCGCUCCAUUGAGAGAAGCCGCUCUGAGCUGAUACGGCUGAUCAGAGAUCAGGAAAAGCGAGCGGUGAGUCGAGCUGAAGGACGACUGGAGCGACUGGAGCAGGAGAUCAAUGAUCUGAGGAGGAGAGACGCUGAGCUGGAGCAGCUUUCACACACACAGAAUCACAUCCAGUUCCUGCAGAGUUUCCAGUCUCUCUCAGCACCUCCUGAAUCUACAGACAGAAAUGAGGAUCUCUUUAGUUCUCUCUUAUCUUUUGAUGUCCUGAGAAAAUCUGUCCGUCAGCUGAAAGACAAACUGGAGGAUUUCUGCAAAGAGGAGCUCAAGAAGAUCUCAGACAGAGUCACAUUCACCAACAUUGUUUUCUGGAACAGGAAGGACUUCCUACAAUAUUCCCAUCAGCUCACUCUGGAUCUGAACACAGUGUAUAAACGCCUCCGUCUGUCUGAGAACAACAGAGUGAUUACUUACACUAACACACAUCAGUCGUAUCCUGAUCAUCCAGACAGAUUUGAUGUGUAUUGUCAGGUGUUGUGUAGAGAGAGUGUGUGUGGACGCUGUUACUGGGAGAUUGAGUGGAGUGCAGGUGUUGGUGUAUAUAUAUCAGUGUCAUAUAAGAGCAUCAGCAGGAAGGGACGGGGUGUUGAGUGUUUUUUUGGAUAUAAUGAUCAGUCCUGGAGUUUGUUCUGCCGUCCCUCCAGUUUCUCAUUCAUACACAAUAACAUAGAGACUGAUCUCCCUGUAAAGUCCAUCAGCAGUAGAAUAGGAGUGUUUGUGGAUCACAGUGCAGGAACUCUGUCCUUCUUCAGUGUCUCUGACACAAUGAGCCUCAUCCACACAGUCCAGACCACAUUCACUCAGCCGCUCUAUCCUGGGUUUGGGGUUCAUACUGGAUCAUCAGUGAAACUGUGUUGAUGAAUCAGAAUAGAUUGAUGAGUGAUUCUACCCAUAAUGCUUUGAGCUGCAUGAUGAAUCAGUAACAGUGAGAUGUUAUAGAGUCUCUUGUUUUCUCUUCAUGACAUUAAUACUGCAGCUGAACUUCUGUCAGUGAAAUAACAUGUCAGAAUAAAUGUGUGUAAUAAAUCCUCAUAUAGACAGUAAGAUGUGUGUGUGUGUGAUUCCUGCUGAGUGAAC